AUGGAGGCUUCAUCGUACUUCGAGACCGCAUCGCCCUCCUUCUCAACCUUUUCACUGUCACCGGCUGCAACACCCGAGUCCGUCAGCACACCGGGGACACAAAGAUCCGUUCUUUUCGACGACGAUGUGGCAGCGGACCCCCUCGACAUCGGUGGGAGCAGAACUUCCUUUAUCAUGGUCGUCGGCGGAUUGGGGUACAUUGGGUCGCAUACGGUAUUGGAGUUACUCAAGGAGGGUUACAACGUCCUCGUCAUCGAUGACUUGAGCAAUUCAUAUGAGAAUGUGCUGGACAGGAUAAAGACCCUGGCAAUCGAAUCCUGUGCGGCACAAGGGAAGACCAUGCCAGCCUUGCACUUUCGACAGCUUGACUACCGUAGCCCUGCUAUGAAGUCUAUUCUGGCCAGCUACGCGUCAUAUUCUGUAAGCAGUAAGCCACUGCCCAUAUCGAGAGGCUUCCCUUUCUCCACGCUCCAUCGAACAGACUCUGGCAUCGAUAUGGACAUGGACGACACGCAAGAACCCAUCCUAGAGCGACAGUCUAGCAUAUCAGGUGUGAUCCAUUUCGCGGCUUAUAAAUCAGUGGAAGAGAGUAUCCGAAUGCCAUUGAGGUAUUAUAGCAACAACGUCUGCGGAUUGGUGGACUUCUUAGGCCUCCUGGAAGAGUUUGGCAUCAAGAACUUCGUUUUUUCGUCCUCUGCCACGGUCUAUGGCGAGGGCGCCAACUGCGGGAUUCCACUUCGCGAGGAGUUGUGCGUGCACCACCCAGAAACAUUCCUUGACAACGAUGGAUCCGAGCAACAUGUCCUACCUGGAGUUGUAGGUCUCACUUCGCCAUAUGGACGUUCCAAGUUUAUGUGCGAGUCCAUCCUUGCAGAUCUUGCAAGAUCCGACCCAACCUGGUCAAUCACUGCUCUACGAUAUUUUAAUCCGGUUGGCUGCCACGAAUCUGGUAUCUUGGGCGAAGAUCCUAGGCAGAAGCCGAGCAACUUGAUUCCGGUCAUCGCUACUGUCCUCACUGGAGCCAGACCAGUCUUGGAUGUCUUUGGUACUGACUGGAAUACCCCCGAUGGAACAGCCGUUCGGGACUUCAUCCAUGUAGUCGACCUAGCCCGAGGGCACAUUGCGGCCUUGGCGGCUUCGGCAGCUGGCCGCACGAAGGCUCCCUUCCGCACCUACAAUCUUGGAACGGGAAGGGGGCAUACCGUUCGUGAGGUGCUUCGGAGUUUGGAAUUGGCGUCCCAACGGAAGAUUCCAGCCCGGGAGGUGGGCCGAAGGGCGGGAGACGUUGGUUUCUGCGUAGCCGAGGUGCAACGAGCUGAAGUUGAACUGCAGUGGAGAGCAGAGAGAACGCUGGAUGACUGUUCCGGGGAUGUCUGGAACUUUACAAAGGCUCGGUGUCCAGAAAUACUUGAGACGGAUACGAUAAUGUGCUAG